AUGGCCCGCCCCGUCUUCAUCAACAUGCCCACCAGCGACCUCCCCGCCGCCACCGCUUUCUACGAAGCAAUCGGCUUCAUCAAACACCCCUUCUUCAGCUCCCCAACCAGCCACGGCAUGGUCAACGCCCUCAACCACGACAUCGUCGUCAUGCUCUCCACCGCUGACCAAUUCCAAAAAUUCCUCCCUGCCGAGCGAGCCAGCUUGGAGCCCGCCACCCACCGCGCCGCCAAGAACGCGACCAUCCACGGCCUGAGCGCCAAAAGCAGACAGGAGGUGGACGAGGCGGUGGAAACGGCCGUGAGGGCGGGUGCGAAGGCGUUCCCGCCGCUGAAAUUGGAAGGGUGCGAUGACAGUAUGAUGUAUUCGCGGUCCUUUGCCGACCUGGAUGGGUAUCUGUGGGAGAUUGUGUGGUGUGAUGAGGGAAUGGUGAAGAUGGCGCAAGAAGCGUUUGCACAGAAGCUGAAGCAGCUGGAGGAAGAGAAGGGGAGAAGCGGUUGA